GAGAGAGAGGGAGGCUGACAGGGUUUCAGAGGCGUGCUGUAGUGCAGAGGUUUCUCUACUGAGGAGAGGGUUUGUCAGAGUGAAUUUCUCUGGUGUUGCUUCUGCUGGAGUGAAUGCAGCACAGAGGAUACACUGCAAGGAACACUUCACUGGAGAACACUGUGGUGGUUUCUGCUGAGGUCUGGAUGUCUGUCGUGUUCCUGUAGACUCACCUUUCAGUGGCAUUCAACAGCAAAGCCAUAUAGCUGCAACAACCAGCCCCUGCUUCGAAAGACCUUCACCUGAAGAGCACAGGCAGACCGUCGGAGGAGCGCCGACCGUUGAGGAUUCCUCCAUCAUUCUAAAGUUAAUCCUUCCUUGGUUGAUGUGAAACAUAAGUUAGGAGAAACUACUAGCUGUCAUUUGGGAGGAAGAGGACAAACGUCACAGCGGGAGAGAGACACCUUAAGCAGAGCAUCUAAACUGGAAUUGACUGGAGGAGAGUGGAAGGGUACUACAGGAUGCUUCUGGGCAGUAUGAACCGUCCGGGGGCGGUCCCUGCCUUCCUCAGGACCCCAACCAUGAUGCCACCCCCACUGGACAUGAAGCACUUCCUGCAGUUCCCACUGGAAACAGCUCCAUCACAACACAGCAUGGGCCUCUUUCACAAUUUCAACACCAACAGUUACUCAACAAUGGACCCUGUACAGAAGGCAGUGCUGAACCACACCUUUGGCCCUCCCAUGAUGAAGACCAAACGACCCAUCAUCUCCUGCAACGUCUGUCAGAUCCGCUUCAACUCAGAAAGUCAGGCUGAGGCCCACUACAAAGGGAACCGCCACGCUCGGAGGGUAAAGGGCAUAGAGACUUCCAAGACCCGCCCCCAGGAGGGAGACAAGCUGACCGCUACCCCCGCCGCCCCCCCCUCUCCAGUAGGCCCCUCACCAUCCAGCCCAGAGCCUAACCCUAAUAAACAGGACGAUGUCCAGUCCCACCCACGUUCAAACAGCUCACCCAUGACACACAGCCUCGCCCCUGUACCUGUCCCUGACACCCCAGACACACCCCUCGACCCUGUGUCAUCGGCCCUGCCCCUUCUGAGUGUGCCCAUGGCCACCGCCUCCACCCCGCCUCCGGCCCUGGGCGCCCCGGAGGUGGACACCCCCAUGGAGGGGCCCGCCGACACCUCGUCCCCGGUCCCAAGCCCCGCUCCAGGGGAGUCUGAGGAGGACAGGGCCAAGAAGCUGCUUUACUGCUCCCUGUGCAAGGUGGCGGUCAACUCCCUCUCUCAGCUAGAGGCGCACAACAAAGGUACCAAACACAAAACCAUCCUGGAGGCGCGGAGUGGCCUGGGCCCAAUCAAGGCAUACCCUCGUCUGGGCCCUAACCUCAGCCCAGAGCAGGCAGGGGGCCUGCCCCCUGACCCCAACACUCAGGAACGAACUUUCCACUGUGAGAUAUGCAAUGUGAGGGUGAACUCUGAACUGCAGCUCAAACAGCAUAUAUCCAGUCGAAGGCAUCGGGACGGAGUCGCAGGGAAGCCCAAUCCCCUCCUUAGCCGGCACAAGAAGCGUGCAGAUUUUGUGUCUUCCUUCACCUUCUCAAAGGACCUUCCAAAAACCCUGGGUCAUGGACUGUUGCCGAAUCCUCUGGCUGUUGCAGCUGUGAUGGCAGCCGCAGCCUCCUCCAAUCAGCUGGCUCAGCUUCGUCCCCCUGGUCAUGUUUCUCACCCUCAGAACUACCCCCACCACCUCCUACAGGGAACGCACCUCAGCCUUCUACGGCCUGCUCCUGGGCCUAUGCGCACCACCCAUGGGCCAAUCCUCUUCUCCCCCUAUUGAGCUUGGUGGGGUGGUGGCCUGUCAGGAAGAAGCACACUGUGAAAUGAACAGGGAAAAACAUUGAUAGAUACUUGACAGAGGUUACAAAAUGUUGACUGACAACAAAAAAAAACGAUCCCUCCACAUUUCUUCAUUCAUACAUUUCCACAGGAACUUCCAGGGGACAUUACGUGAAAAGCUUUGAGAUAUUUCAAAGAGGAAGUACGCUUGACAGAUGCCGUUGGACUUUCUGUCUUCCUCCUUUAACCAACCCUCCCACUUUCAGUUGAAUCUGAGAUCCUCCACAUAUAGAAAACAUUUUACAUUAUCUGUAAUGGCAGGAUGUCUCAUUAGACUGAGCUCUUUUAAUAGUUCAAUUUCCUAUUUCCUCUGUAGUUCAGUGCUCAUCCACCUGAAGCCAAUUGCAAGAUAUGUCCCAUCACCAACUAAGACAUUAGCUUAGAAAAAGUACUGUAGCUGCCUCUUAGUAAUAUGUCGUACAUAGAACAGUAGAACCAAUUGUGCAUUACUGCAAAACCCUGUUAGGGUGUUCAAUAAGUACAGUACCUACUGAGCCCACGCUGUUACUCCAGGUGUUAGAUUAGAUGCCUGCUGUGCAGAUUCAGGGACAAGGUACGUUAGCCUACAUUUGCUGUGUUGCUGGAUCAGUUGAGAGAGAAAAGCGAUAGAACAUUUGAAGGUCAUUUGUGAUAAACCAUUUAAAUGUAGUUUUCCUUGCAGACCUCCACUUUCAGUCUUAUUGUCUGUAAGAAGACCAAGAAAGGGGAGAGUGGGGUGUCCACUUGGGUUCCUUUGAGCAUUCCUCAAGUUUUGGCUCUUCUAUUAAAUUGUAUGGGUGGUGGCGAAGAGUGUGCUUGUUUGUGUGUGUGUGUGUUCUGGAGAUAGAGAAAUAUUAAGCACACAACUAUGCCUCAGUGUUGACCCCUUUCAUUCAAACUGCAAACAAUUUAUGUCAAAUUUGGGCGGAGACAGUAGGUUCUUGUAAUUAUAUACAGAUCUCUGUUUGUAUUUUUCAAAGCCAUUGAUGACCUCUGACCUGAUACCCAGAUGGUAGCAUGUUGAGUGUGGCAUAGGUGAGACACUGUGAUGGGGGACAUUUUGAUGUGAAAAAGUAAGACAAAGUUGCUAUUAACAGAGGGGACAUGAACAAGGACAACGAACCUGUAUUUUCUCUCACCUGCUCAUCACAAGCAGUCAUGGAUAGUAGAAUAAUAUGCAAUGUCAAGUCAACAUUUUAUCCAGAGUAAUGACAAUAAUAUAUUUACAUUUUAAGAGGGGACUGCUUUCCUACUCUGCCUCAUGUAUUGGUACCCAAUCUCGCCCUAACCCAUAGGAAUAUGGCCUGGGUUGAGCUUGGAAUCACUGUUAACUGAGUUUGUUAUGGAGUCUUAAGAAGGGUAAAGGACUGGGAAAUCGUAGCAAUACUUACAGCACUCCUGCUAACAACCAUUGUUUAUUGCAAUAAAGAAAUGAAUUAUAUGUGUACAAAUAUAUUAAAUGUUAUUUAGGACAACUGUAUUGAUUGAUCCAUUAUUGUAAAUGUAGACUGUUUUAGCUAUGUGAGCAAAAGAGCUUCCUUACUGUUGAAUAAAUUAUUUACAAAAUGUC